CCAUAUGCACUCGCUGAACCAACGUUGUGAAUACAGUAUCGUCGGUGGUGCCCAUAUGCAGCAGAGCUAUGUGGCAAAAGCAGCAACACAAAGCCAGUCUCAUAGGGACGCAACGCUGCAAGCAGCCCAAGUCGGUAUGGGGUAGUGUGCAGGACGAGAGUGUGCAUGCAUAAUUGCACACAACUUCUACUGGUUUGGCGAGAUGCAGCGGCAAGACAACUACUCGGCCUUGAUUGCAGCAAGCCCUAGGCUAAAGCCUCGCACAGCGCCGGAACCAGUGUAUUUAGAAGUAACCCACAAUGCAGUCCCUACAACGCGUUGCACACGGCCGUGGCCUCGUGGCGAGGCCCACGACUCGCACUGUUGCGCCCCGCACGGUGACUGUGCAGCGUGCUGUGUCCACUGAUGCCGAGAGCUUUGUGAUCCCCGCGGCGCCCGACCUGAUUCCCGACGGCGCAUGGGCCAAGGUGGAGGGCGGCGUGUGCGCGGCCAAGGGCUUCAAGGCCACUGGCGUGUACGCGGGCCUGCGCGCCAGCGGCCGUAAGGGCGACCUGGCGUUGGUGGUGGCGGACGCGCCCGCCACCGUGGCCGGCACCUUCACGCAGAACGUCAUGUGCGCCGCGCCCGUGCUGUACUGCAAGGACGUGCUCAGCCGCCGCAAGACCGUGCGCGCGGUUAUGACCAACGCCGGCCAGGCCAACGCCGCCACGGGCACCCAGGGCUACGAGGACUCGGUGGCUUGCGCCCAGGCCCUGGCGGCGGCGCUGGGCGUGGAGGCGGACGACGUGCUGCUGCAGUCCACCGGUGUGAUCGGCCGGCGCAUGAAGAUGGAGUCCUUCCUGCCCGCCAUCCCGCAGCUGCCCGCCAGCCUGGGCGCCAGCACCGCGGACGCGCACCGGGCCGCAGUGGCCAUCACCACCACCGACCUGGUGUCCAAGGAGGCUGCGCUGCGCGUGACGCUCAGCAGCGGCGCGGUGGUGACGGUGGGCGGCAUGUGCAAGGGCAGCGGCAUGAUCCACCCCAACAUGGCCACCAUGCUGGGUGUGGUGACGUGUGACGCCGCGGUGUCCAGCGACGUGUGGACGGGCAUUGUGAAGCGCGCCUCGGUGGCGUCCUUCAACUCGAUCACGGUGGACGGCGACACCAGCACCAACGACUGCGUCAUCGGGCUGGCCUCGGGCGCCGCCGGCAACCCGCCCAUCACCGACCCAGCCAGCCAGGACGCGCAGCUGCUGGACGCCGCAGUCACCGCGCUCAUGCAGGGCCUGGCCAAGUCCAUCGCCUGGGACGGCGAGGGCGCCACCUGCCUGCUGGAGAUCGAGGUCACGGGCGCCGCCAGUGACGCGGACGCCCGGGUCAUUGCCCGCUCCGUGGCCGGCUCCUCGCUGGCCAAGAGCGCCUUCUUCGGGCACGACCCCAACUGGGGGCGCAUCGCGGCGGCUGCCGGCUACUCGGGCAUCAUCUUCGACCAGGCGGAUCUGGGCGUGCGGCUGGGGGCCAUGACGCUGAUGAGGGACGGCCAGCCGCUGCCCUUCGACAAGGCCGCCGCCAACAAGUACCUCAAGGACACGUGCGCAGUGCACGGCACCGUGCAGGUGUUCGUGACUGUGGGCAAGGGGCCGGGCAGGGGCAUGGCGUGGGGCUGCGACCUGAGUUACGACUACGUCAAGAUCAACGCCGAGUACACCACCUAAGAGGGGGGCUGUAGCGGCUGUAGCGGCGGCGGCGGCAGCUGUAGCAGCAGCAGCACAGCAAUACCUAGGCGUGGGUGGAGGCAGCAGCAGGGCUGGGGCCGUCCUGCACCCUAGGGGCCGUGCCCGGGGCGCCGCCCGACGGCACAUGCAGGUCGAGCAGGCGACGGAGGCGAUCGGGCGGGUGCUGUGGGUGUGGGUGUGCUUUGGGGGGGGGGGGCAGCCAUGUGUGGUGAUGAGGCGGGGCUUGUGGGCGGAUGGGUGGGGCCGGCUGGGGACACGUCGGGCGCCCCUACACGGCGGGGAUGCGAGGCACGGCGCGAGACAUGGGCUGCUGGCAUAACCACAUGGCGCCCCUCUCCCCGGGUCCAGGCGCCAGCCAGUGCGCCAGUGUGCAUGCAAUGGACGUAUGACACCGGGAUUGGGACGGGACCGUUGUUCGGGUGGCUGCCCGUUUUGCACAGGCUGCCCCCUUGCUGUGCGGCAGGGCGGGAACGGCGUUGGAGGCGGCGUUGGAGGGAACUGGCGGGAGGUGGCGUGCGUGCGGAAAGGUCUGUCAGCCACGAACCGGGAUGCGGGGCGGGCGGCUGUCUGGGCUUCGGUGAGUGGGGGCGUGGGGUGCGCGCGUCCGCAGCCGAGUGGGUCGAAAUCGGACCCGGUUGCAACAUAACCGGAGUGUGUGUGGGUGCGCGCGUGCGCAUUGAUGGCAAUGUGUACUAUAGUUCCUUCUUUCCAGGUGUGCAUAAGGGCAGGUGGAACCAUGGGGAGCGGGAAAGCCGGGAAGAGCCAGGAAGAGCAGGCCAGCCGGGGAAGCAGACCCUGUCCGGGCGAGAAGCGAGGGGUUGGAUUCGGACCAGUGACCGAUCUCAUAAAACCA